GAGGAGCUGUCACAUACACAUUACACGACACCAGGGAUGCGGCUCCUGUAGUGAUUGUCCUGUCACAUGGCACUGACGCCAUGACAGCGGGCGGACAGGGAGGAGGCACCGGGCGUUACGCUAAGAGGCUGGCACACCCGGAGGAGCGGCGGCAGCUUCAGCAGCAGCGGGUCUGGAGGAGGAGGAGGCUGCCGGGCGUCAGGGAGGGGUGACCCGACACACCCGCUUCUCUCUUCUACAGCAUACGGAAUCAGCCUGCCAUGCCUGGUGGCCGCGGAGCCCGGGGCUUGUGCUCACAGCCGCUAUAGGGUAAGAGAUGUGAUGGAGGUACUGGAAGAAGAGCUGACAUGCCCCGUCUGCUGUAGCCUUUAUGAGGAUCCUCGGGUUUUACCUUGUGCACAUAAUUUCUGUAAAAAAUGCCUGGAAGGAGUGCUUGAGGGAAAUUCCAGACCGAUAUGGAGACCGUCUUUUAAAUGUCCAACUUGCCGUAAAGAAAUCUCCACAAUGGGUGUGAACAGUCCUCAAGUGAAUUAUUUAUUGAAAGGAAUUGUGGAAAAAUACAAUAAGAUGAAGGCGACUCCAAAGACCCUGGUGUGCAAGGUGCAUGAUAGUCAGCCCCUCAACAUCUUCUGCUCUACAGACCUGAAGCUGAUCUGUGGGUUUUGUGCCACCAAUGGCAAACACAAGGAUCAUGUCUUCUCCUCCAUCGAUGAGGCCUACAAAAAGGAGAAAAGUUCAUUUGACUUCAUUUUUCAGAGUUUUGAGGAAAUUCAGUGCAAAGAUGUGACUGCUCUUCUGGAGACCUUGGAGACCAACAAGAGGAACACCCUCGACUUGCUAACCUCAGACUCGGACAGAGUAAAUUAUUAUUUUAAAAAACUGCAGGGAUUACUAGAACAGAAGAAGAAUGAAAUCCUUUCUGACUUUGAGACCAUGAGGCUUGAGGUCCUGCAGGCUUAUGACCCGGAAAUCAAUAGGCUGAAUACCAUUAUCAAUGAGCAGAAGAGGGCUUGUGUCACUGCCAAAAAUGUUAAGGAGGUCUCUGACCCAAUUUUAUUCCUCCAGCAGAUAGAGGAGUUCAGAGAAAAAGUUGACAUUCUCAAGGCUCCUUUUCCUUCAGCCUCUGAUGUGACUGUCUUGUCUUAUAUGAAAAAUUUUGAUACCCAUAUGUGGGAUAAUAUAAAACUAGGAGACGUGGAUAAACUGUGUUUGCCGCAGGAAGCGCCCGCAAAGCAGCAGAAACGACAACCAAAAUUCUCAUUCUCUUAUCGGGCAGUAGUUGCGGUCUGUCUCCUCCUUGUUGGCUUAUCGGCGGCAUUUCUUUUAGGGCCUCCGACCAAUUUCUUGGAGGAAUGUUAUUACUUUACGCGCCAGAUUUAUUUCUACUCAUCAGACAUUGCCCUAAAAAUAAAAGAAGAAGCUGCCGUUUACUGGGAACGAUUUAAAGAACAUUUAUUUCUUCUUUUAAAAGUGUUAAAAUAUUACACCAUGAUUUUUCUGGAGCUUGUGGCAAAUUUUGUCUGCAAAUAUAAACUGUAACAUUCAUUGAACUUAUUUAUCGCUGUCAUGUGUAUGUUCACAUUCUGCGUCUUCCUUUAAUAUAAACGUAGUACAAGGCUCUAAAGCUUUGGUAUGUCUGGUGAACCUUAGAUAACAUUAAGGGUAGGGUCACACUUAACGGAUCCACAGCGUAUUUAACGCUGCAGAUCCGCCAGUGACCUGACCCAUUUUGUGCCUCCAACUGUUGCCACCCCGUUCCCCCGCCUCGCUUCACCCCUGACCUGCUCGCAGCGGCAAUCCGUCACUACGAGCAGCCACACAGGGCCUGCGAGUCGGCGAGUGCACUCUGACAUGUACACUGCACAUGGCCUGAACUCAGACAUCGUGGAGUAGCUGUGAUGUCUGAGUACACUGCACCGCGAUGUCAGAGUGCACUCGCCGACUCCUAGGCCCCCUGUGUGGUAUCGCCUGAUUGCCACUGCGAGCAGGCCAGGAGCGAGGCGAGGGAAGGGUGGUGGCAACCGCUGGAGGAACAAAAGGGGUUAGUCACCGGCAGAUCUGCAGCGUAAAAUACGCUGCGGAUCCAUUAUAUGUGACCCUACCCUAAAGGAGUUUUCCCUCAGGAGACUUAUGGGAUGUUAUGGGAUAAAGUUUAUUGCUACGAGGGUGUUGAAGUUUAUGGGAACCAAAGAAAAAGACAAAUAAGCAGUCCAUCUUUUUAGAAUCAUAUAAUGUUCUGCACAAUGUGUGGAUUGUUAUCUUUAUGUAACCAACCUUGGUGACCUUCCAAAUUAAAUCUGUGUAUCCUAGUAAAAGUGAAUGUUCAAGAAUAUUCUUUAGGAGCUGUACGCCCAUCAGGCUUCUUAGAUACUUUGGCAGCUUGCUUUCCUGCCUAUAGUAAACUGGUCUGUCAUUUGACCUCAUGUUAGCUGCAGAAUAAUGUUGAAUGGGAUUGGUCACUGAGACCUUUGAUCCCUCAUGUGGUCUGUAUAAUAAACCAUAUUCUCCCAUUGAUACAUUCAUACCUUCAUGCAUACGUUUAUACAUGAAAGUAUGUAUGCAUCUUUAGGGAUUCAUUAUGGGUAUGUGCAUAAUGGCUAAGGAUCCUUUUUGAGACAGGCAAACCUCUUGGGCUUUAUACACAUGCCUAGGCCUCUGUACUAUGGGGCCAUAGGCCUCAGUGUGUCAUUGCUUUGUACAGCACUGUAUUACAGGCUUAUUCUAACCUGAACCAAGGUUUCUAGAGGAGAGUAGUAGUAGUUGUAGCAGUAAUAUAGUGUCCAAUAG